AAGAAGAACGUAUUUGAUUCCUGGAACUAAGUGAAAAUGGCGUCUUCCAGGAAGUCCCGAAACUCCCGUGCCAUUAACUUGGUAUCAAGAAUGGAAAAGACCCCGUCGAUGAGCUUGAAAGAUAUCAAAAAGUUUGCUGCUUCCCACCCCAAAGACUUCGAAGUGAAUGGUCGAAACAAGCACGGAAAGACUGCCUUGAUGUUUGCUUGUGGAAGUCGUAACACCAAACUGGUUGCGUUCUUACUUGAUCAGGGUGCAGAUCCGAAUUCUCAAUGUGAAUGUGGUAAUUCACCAAUGCAUUUUGCCGUCUUUGAUACCUGUUGUUGCAGUAUCACUGAGUUUAAACGUGCUUAUUCUCUAGUUCCUGGUACAAUAGAAAGGAAGGUAGAGAUUCUCAGACUACUUAUCGACCAUGGAGCAACUCAAAUGUGUAACUCCAAAGGUUUGGAUCCGUGUUGUCUGGCAGCAAUGUGCAAGCAGUCAGACUUGGUGAACUUUUUUCUCCAGAGGAAUACAAGGUAUAUGCAGCUGUCUGAUGAAGAACAGAUACGAGCUCUAGAGAUACUCGGGGUGACCGUUAUUUUAGCUGAAGAUUAUCCCCUUGAUGGAGACGUUGAAAGUGCGUACACGUAUUUCUCUAGAGCUAAAUCUAUUCGCAAGAAAAUAUCCAGUGCGUCUUCUGAGGAAAGAAGAAAAUCCAUCUUCUCAAAUGGCUUUUCCAUUUUUUCUGGAAUGGAAGUUGAUUUUGAAGAAUGGAAGAGUAGUCAGUUUGACAAGUGGGAUAAAAUUACCCAAGCAUUCUUGAUAGCAGAAAGGACUCUACCAGAGGACAUUUUAAUGGACUACUUCGUGCCGAAACUUCUUUUGCACGCCCGAAGUGGUGUAUUUCAUUAUCGCAGGGACAUCGAGAUGAAAGCACUUCAGAUCUUCAAGGAUGCAGUUCAAUUGGAACAACAAUCAAAGCUCAAGCUUGGUUCAGUGAUAGGGUGUAUCCUUGAAGGCUUGCGAGGAGUAAAUGUGAGAUUUUGGAAAAAUUGUGACGUGAAGGAGUGUAUUUCAAUUAUGAACUCUUGCUUGCCAAUAUUUGAAAGCGCUCCAAGACGCAUUGUAAGAAAGACACAAGAAGAACUGUUAAAGUGUCUUGGUUUGGACUUGAUAUUGAUCGCGUUGUCCAGCUGCCCCGAAUCAACAGAGACAUUUGAAUUGUUACUGACGUUUGCAGAACAAUUUGUGAAAACCAUCAGAAAGAAAUGUGAAGGACGUAAUGUCACCUCUGUCAGCCAUGAUGUCAUCGUACGAUGUCGGAAUUACUUACAAUACAGAAGAGUACGUGUGAAUGACACAAAGUUAAAUCGUUUGAAACGAUUGAUUUCAAGGUUAGUACAGUGUGAAGAUGCUACCCAUCAGAAUAUUGACAGGAAUACAAUGCUUCAUUCCUUGAUGAAAAUGCACCAGAGUGUACAUCCGCAGUUUCUGAAAGAUGUGGCAUUGGUUCUCAUUCGGAAUGGAUGCGAUCCAAAGAAGAGAAACAAUCGCCAUAAAACAUUAGAAGAGAUGAUUGAUUAUUUGCCGAACACAUUGACAUCAGACUUCAAAGAUCUCAAGGAGAUAAUUACGUCUCAGAGUCAUUCGGUCUUACCUCUCGAGGAAAUCGCCGCAAGGACCAUUCUCCGUCAUCACAUCACCCAUGAGGGCGUCCUACCUAAGAAUCUUUCUCGCAUCGUAACUGGAGAUCUUUGGCCACCAGACAGCUCUAAGUCGGACUUGGAAGGCGACAGAGAGAGAAAUCAAGAUGGUGAUCUGGACUCGGAUUAUGAUAUUGAUCUGGAAUGCGAACCAGAAAGCGAUUCAGAGUAUGAUUCAGACAUGUAUUUUGAUUCAGACUCAGAUUCAGACCUCUUUUUUCAUUCUAUGGGCCGAUGUUAUUGUUAUGAGGGAAGUUCUUCUGAAUUUUAUGAUUGAGACUCAUAGUCAUCUGAUGCUUCUUCUCCGUUUAUAUUUCUAGAGGCCAACAAUGAUAACAAAAUGAACAGACGAUCAAAAACAAAAGAGUAGCUUCAUUCUGUGAGAGCGGGAAUUAGGAGACAUCAUAACACCAGAGCAGAACUAGACGAUUGUGACGCUUGUAAGGUCCUAUAUAAGAAUUCUUGAAUGCUAAUCUAAUGUUCACUUUUUAUGGUCAAGGAUCGUUUGAAUUCUUGUGUUUAUUCAACGCCCAUAACUUUAAUAAUUGGCGUCGGGUUGUUGUUUCGACCGGGUCUCUAUAAUUCCUAGACCCUACUGUGAUAUAUUCGUAUUAUUAUUAUAUUUUUGUCUGUUAUUGCAUUAAAAAAAAU